AUGGAAGAAGCGCCCAGUGGCAGUUUGGGGCUCGGAGCUGCCCAGAGCGGCCGUUUAUUGGCGGGGGGCUCCGCUCCGCCCGUUCAGGAGCAGGAUACCUGGAGACCGAGGAGAUGGGGGCCCCGAGAGGACUGGCUGGCGGCUCAUCCGACGCUCACGAGAAUGAUGUCAUUGGAUGUGGCUGACAAUGGCCAUGUGUAUGCCGCUUUCUUAGUAUACUUGGACCUCUUAGAAGCUAGAAACUGGCAUGAGGUCUCCUAUGUUGGGCUAGCAGAAUUCCAGCUCGUAUGUCUUUGUGGGCGCGAGAGAGAAGCCGACGAUUUACAAGUGGUGGUGCCAACUCCAGCCCACGUGUUGUUCAGCCAUGAGAGGAUGAGGCAGAUUAUGAAGAGAACACAUACAGUAUCCGAUUCCCCGAUGUCCAUCACACUGGCUAUAGUUGAAUCAGAUUCAACAAUAGUCUACUAUAAGCUGACGGAUGGUUUUGUCAUGCCCGACCCUCCUGACCAUACUGAAGACUUGGACAAUAAACAGUGGAGGAAAAAAAGAAAGAGGCUUUUGAGAUGAGAG